UUGCAAUAUAUGGUAAAUCAUACUGUCAAGCUGCCAAAGAUACAUGGACCUUGAUAAAAGAUCGUGGCAUUGAAGCUAUUAUUAAUGAUGAUCUUAUUGGAAAUGUGUUAACCAUGGGCUCUCUUUUAAUUGGUGUUCUUUGUGGGUUAUUUGGAUUCCUUUACAUACACCUUUUCUUAAAUUAUUUAUUACAAGAUCAAAACAGUUCAACUUUAGUAAUCGUAUUUAUUAUAAUUUGUUUUGUAAUUGGCUUUAUGAUGUGUGUGGUCAUUACUGAUUCCGUCAGUUCCGGUGUCUCAACUACAUUCGUUGCUUUGGCUGAGGAUCCGGAUGCGUUACGAAGAACUAAGCCUGUAUUAUUUGAGAGAAUUCGACAGCAAUGGCCCC